CUUUUUUCGUGGUGUGAUGCCAAAGGUGAUAUCCGCCCAAUGGCCAAAAUUUGCGCCAUGGAGCGGAUAAACUCAAUCCUAAUCGAAUGGGGCUGGGGUAUAUUCUUUGGCCACUCCUUUCGCAUAGGCGAUGCAUCAUUCGACCUGGCAAAGAAGGUCGACCCCGAAAUAGUUUGA